UUUGUGGCGUUAAAAAGGAUUCAGGAGCUCGCGUUUUGUUCAUAAAACACGGCGAUAAGCGGAUUUAAACGUGGUCCCGUGGAUGGAGGCUGGUUUCAUUGUUCGUGUUGGAGAAAGUUCAGCACUUUGUGUUAUUUUCUCCAUCACGUAAGUGAGAAAGGUGCGUUAAGUAGCGCAGAAGUAAGAGAGAAGCGGAUAUGAGGUCAUGAGUGCCUCUAGGAAAGACCCAGUGGAGAAUAACCUCACCUGUCCAGAGCCCCGCCCCACCUGGGCCUCUACCUGCCCCCCACCAGUGGACCCCCACCAUGACGUCUGAUCAGGAGACCACGGUGAAGCUCGACCAGGAACGAGCUGAGAUCGUCGCCAAGUAUGACAAGGGCAAAGAGGCCACCGUGGAGCCCUGGGAGGACACCAACUACCACCUGUACAAAGUGGUGGACCGCUUCGGCUUCGUCCACCAGAAGGACCUCCCGUCCUACGACUCGGUGGAGGAGAAGCAAAAGCACGUGGAGGUGGAGAGGACCUCCAAGUGGCUGAAGAUGCUGAAGAGUUGGGACAAGUACAAGAACAGCGAAAAGCUGGUCCGCCGCGUCUACAAAGGAAUCCCCCUGCAGCUGCGGGGCGAGGUGUGGUGUCUGCUGCUCGACAUUCCCAAAAUAAAGGAGGAGAAGAAAGACUUCUACGAGAAACUGAAGGCCCGAGCCAGAGGCGUCUCGCCCGACAUCCGUCAGAUCGACCUGGAUGUGAACCGCACCUACCGGGACCACGUCAUGUUCAUGCAUCGCUACGACGUCAAGCAGCAGGCGCUCUUCCACGUCCUCACAGCAUACUCCAUGUACAACACGGAGGUGGGCUACUGCCAGGGCAUGAGUCAGAUCACGGCGCUGCUGCUCAUCUACAUGAACGAGGAGGACGCCUUCUGGGCUCUGGUCAAGCUGCUGUCCGGGCAGAAGCACGCCAUGCACGGGUUCUUCAUCCCCGGCUUCCCCAAGCUGAUGCGUUUCCAGGAGCACCACGACCGCCUCCUCAGGAAGCUGAUGCCCAAACUGAAGCAGCACCUGGACAACCAGGAGGUGUUGACCAGCCUCUACACCAUGAAGUGGUUCUUCCAGUGCUUCUUGGACAGAACUCCCUUCACGCUCACGCUCAGGAUCUGGGACAUCUACAUCCUGGAGGGGGAGCGAGUGCUGCCCACCAUGUCCUACACCAUCCUCAAGCUGCACAAGAAGCACCUGAUGAAGCUCUCCAUGGAGGAGCUGGUGGAGUUCCUGCAGGUGACGUUGUCCAAAAACUUCUUCUUCGAGGACGACUUUGUGGUGGAGCAGCUGCAGGCGUCCAUGGUGGAGCUGAAGAGGGCGAAGCUGGAGAUGCCCGCAGCAGGUAAAGAGGACGAGUUUCCCAAGAAGCCUCUCGGGCAGCUUCCUCCCGAGCGGGUGCCGGUGAACCACGUGGCCAACGGCCAGAGCCACGCCAAGCCAGCCGAGCCCCCCAGGGACCCGAGUCCCAGAGCGGAGCGCCAGCGGGGGAGUCGCCCCCCCAGCCGGUCACGCCGGGACUCGCUGGAGAAAUCGAUCCGCCACCACAAGGUGGACAGGAGGGACGUGCGCUCCCGGGGCUCCGGUGAGAUCCCCGAUGAGCAGAGGAAGCAGUCCGCCUCCACCACACCCGAGAGGGCAGCCACGCCGCCCUCGGCCCCCACCCCUAAACCACAGCUCGCUGUGGGUGAAAGGCCGAAGCCUCAGGGCCACGCCAUCGCCAACCACAACCCCGACGCCGCCUCCAGCUCCCGCAGAGAAAUCACCCCCCGGUGGUUCAAGCCCUCCGAGACCAGGCUGGAAGCGGUGAAGGCGGCGGGCCGGGAUGUCCAGCUGAGCAGAGGGGCGUCACCAGCCCCCCCCAGCCCGGAGGACGGCGCGCCGCCCAGCAGCCGACCCGCCUCUAAGGUCUUUGUCGCCGACUCCAACCGCGGCUCCAACGCCUCGCAGUACGACAACGUCCCCGGGGUGCCGGAGCCCGACUUUGAGAUCCUGGAGCUCGACGGACCCCCGUCCAGGAUGAGGACCCCUCGCGGCGAGCCGCCCUUCAGCGCGUUGGCCCCCCAUCAGGGAAGCCCCGCCCUGGUCGGGAGCGUCGCCUCCGUGGCGUCGGGGCCCAGGGUGGCGAACCAACAGCCGCUUCCGCCUGCGUUUUCCAGCAACAGUCCGGGGGGGGUCCACGCCAGCUACCCGGGCAGCCAGAGCCGGUACAACAGCCCCCCCCAGCAGCACUCCCCGGGCCGAGCCACCACCGAAGUCCCCAUCCUGCAUCCCGCUUACAGCGUCAGCCUGGACCACAGAGGAGAGGAAAGACUCUACGCCCCUCCCCCUCGGUUUACCCCCCCCUCCAGCGCGGUGUACCGUGAGCGGACGUACGCCACCACACAGCGCCAGAGCCACUCCCCGCAGAAGGAGCACGCAAACAACUCCUACGCCCCCCACCGCAGGCAGCCGCCGUUGGCAAGCUCCAACCGCAGCGCGGGGCCUCCCCCGGAGCCGGACGCCCGGGGGAGGCCCGCCCCCAUCUACCUGCAACAGCUCGCCUACGCUCCGGCGGACUACGCGUUCGAGGCCCUCCCGCACUACCUGCCGGACGGCGCGUCCCGGCGGUCUGCGUGGGCGCCGGAGGAGGCUCCGCCCCUUCUGUCCCCGGGCGGGGUGCCGCGCUCGCCCAGCUUCCAGCAAGCCCAGAUGUCUCCGGUCCAGGAGUUCUCCUUCCCCCCGAACCCUGAUGGCCUGCUGGGCUACAGGACUCAGUUCCAGAAGCAACAGCUCCCCCCGCUGUUCGGAGGACCACACUACAGGCACGCACAGGAGGCGUUCGCCAUGCAGGAGUCCAUGCUGCUGUGAUCGGACGAUAGAAAGUUGUAAGACACUGUAUGAAAAUAAAAAUGUAAAGUAAGCUGGCGUAGUCCGUGACACUGGUGGAGACGAGCAGUAGUCCUAGCUCUGUUGUUCUUUGUGUGUGUGAAGUACUGACCUUCUGACUGUCCUCCACGGGACACACCAGCCUCUGGAGUUUUUACCGAUCACUUUGAAAACUGACUGAAGAUUUUAUUUUAUUUUUGGAUGUAAAUCAUUAACAGGAAGUGACGGUGUAUAUCUUUUUAGAGUUUGACAUGUACAGCGGAUUCUUUUUGUCAAUAUGCUGAGUUAUCAGUAGCAGGGGAACGGUCUCCUGAAGAAGGCAAAACUGAUUUAUUUUCAUCUUUAUUUUUUAUGUUACUUGGAGAUAUUUACGUUAAGAGAUCGGUUUACUUUAUGCUUGUGAAUGUUAUUUUUCAAAAAGAAGAAUUAAUACUACGUCCAAUGAUCAUUGAAGAACAGAAAUUCAGUUCUUCGCAUUAGAAAGAACAGGGUUUAUUUUUGUAACCAUUCAUUUCCACUUUCAGAGAUCUCUUUCCUUCCUGAUGUGCAAUUUGUCUCUGGAUACAUGCAUUGGAUAAUAAAAUAUAAUUGAGGUCACUUAAAUUUCAACCCUGAUUAGAGGCACAUUGAGAGCUAUUUGUGAGGGCUAAUAAUAUAUAUAAAUAUAUAUUUGGUUUUGCCAGCUGACUUGCUUUGUGACCAUAGGUAACAUGAUUAAUUACCACAUCAUGAGCACAUGCAGCCAGAGACUGAUGUGGACUAGAUUAAGUUUGCGUGUCUUCAUUACGUCUGAUUAUUCUCAACACACUUAUAUCGACUGCUGGCACACUUGAGUCCUUUGGUGCACUCACAACAUUUAACCACGGCCACAUUCCCUUUUAUUAUUCUCAUACCGCUUCCUAAGACACCUUUGGUUUUGGUUAAACAACUAAUUGCAGACCUGAUACUUUGCUUAAUAAAACGAGGUGGGUGAAAGUGA